AAUUGUAUCCUUCUACCCUCCCCCGCCCCGGUCAGCAAUACAUAUGCGCUAUUACCGUAAUACCAGGCGAGCACUGCCCCCCGGAUGCCCCUAAUUCGCCUCCCUGAGAUCAGUAUCCCUCAGGUGGGAUGUCUGUCGAAAACGAAACCGAAACGCUCAGAAAACGAAAGCCUAGUUCGCGUUAGCGACAUCGAGAAACAUUCUGACAUCAGCAUGUCAUCUGAUGAGGACUUUUCUCUAGUAUCUGAUAAUGGCCAGGAAUCUCCAUCUUCUCUGGAGGAAAUCGGACAGGAGAUAGAAAAUUACAAGGAAAAACAUAGGCAGGUGAUUGCUGACCAGGAGGAGAUAUCUAAGGCCAUAGAUGUUGCGAAUCACUUCGCUGAGGAGUUUCGCCAGCGCGCCAUCAGACAUGGGGAGAUGCAGCUUGAGGAGGAGCUGGAGCGAGCCAAGCAUCAGAACGUUCUCGAGGGCAAACUGCUCCUCCUGCAGCAAGAGGAGUCCAGGCUGGAAGAAGAAGAACUGAAGGCCAAGGAGGCACUGCAUCGUUUGGAAGAGAUGAUUGGCAUCGCUCGACAAGAGACACAAUUGCCUACUGCCGCACCUGAGAAGAAUGUCAUUUUCACUGGAGCCGCCUGUGGCGAGGAGGUCUCCUGUAAUUUUGACAGCAAGCCCCGUAUUUUAUACCCAAUGGCUGGUGGCACGGCGCUGUUAACCUUCGAAGAAGUGGAAGUGGCGGAGAAGAUCAUGAAGUUAAAGCACCACGAGGUCAGUUUAGGGGAGUGUUUCAUCAAGUUACAGGCUGAUCCUGUCUGGGUCCUGCAGCCCAGUCACAUAGAGGUGAGCACCCACAUUUGCCCGAAGCGCAUUCUGGUGUCCAACCUGCCGACGACUGGCAUGAGCCGCACGCUGGACAAGCUGGAAAUUCACUUCUCCAAGAGUCGCAACGGAGGUGGAGAAGUGGAGGCUGUCGAGUUCCUGCAAGACUCCGGCAAUGUCGUCAUCACGUUCGUGCAGGAUACUGUUGCUAAGGCACUGACUGACGGUCUUUUCCACAACGUGGAUUUUGGAACUGGGAGGAAGCAAAGGGUGAAUGUAAACCCUUUUAUGAACGGGGAGAUCACAGCCUUAAAGACGCGCAUGUCCAAAUCGGCACGCACUGUGCUGCUGACUGGCAUCCCCACCGUCAUGGAGCAGGAAGACCUGCAGGACCACUUGGAGAUCCACUUCCAAAAGGCCGUCAACGGAGGUGGUGAGAUCGAUGCCAUCACCUACAAUCCCCUUGGCCAGCGCAAGCUGGCCGUCUUCCUGGAGGACUGUCCAAGUCCAUGAUCUACCAGUAGAAAUGACCCAGUUGGGUAACAAGCAUUUUACCCUAGAAGAAGUGGGGUGCAGAAAAUGCAUGGAUGGAUAUUAUAAGUCGUCAUUUGUUAGGGUCUCCUGCUUAUCGCUUGAUACUCUUCAAUCCCAACAAGGAUGAUGCACAAUAUGUUCCCACUUUCUCUUAGUUUUGAUUUAGUAGCUGUCCUUAACGUGUCACUUUGUAAUGGGGUGUAAGAUACUGUCCUGCUACUAUAUUAAGAUAUAUGCAUAUUUAGUGCCUGCUGUCCGAGCCAAAUCCUGAAGUCUUUCGUUAUUCACUCAUGUUUUGGUUUCUUCCGUAUAAUUAAAAAAAAUUAUUUAAAAAAGCCCAGUUCUGUCUGUGCAUCUUUACAAAAGCAUCCUGUGUCACUGGGCCUGACGUAACUGGGCUUCGUGGUUCAUGUGGAAGUUGAGAAUGGUAGCCAGUAAUGAAUGUUUUUGUCAAGAAUAAUAAUAAAUAUUAAAAUGUUUGUUUUUGGAAUUUCCACAUAA